AUGGCAGACGAGGCUCCACCAGAGUUGGCAGCAGCCCUGCUGAAAUGGGUGCAAGCAUUUCAGACGUCCAAGAAGGUAGAGGGCUGGGAGGACGUACAAGACGGCCAAGUGCUGUGGGACAUCCUUCGAGACAUCGAUCCGGAUUACUUUCAAGACGGCCUCCCAGAACCACCAGCCAAAACACAAGAUCACUGGAUUCCUCGAUGGCAGAACCUCAAACAUGUCAACCGCCUUGUCACAUCAUAUUUGCGAGACUCGAGCGGAUCUAUCGAAAAUCCGGCAGGCAGCCGUGACCCAGAUCUCAAGGCCAUUGCUAUCGAUGCCAGUCCGAGGGAUACCGUCAUGCUGCUCAAAACCAUGCUCCGUGCCGCCAUGUACUCGCCCGAAUCGAACCAAAGAAUGGGUCGCAUAGUUGUCGGCCUUGGUCCCGAAGUUGCUGUCACAAUUGCCGCAGCCAUGAAGCAAAUGGAAGAAACAGAUAUGUCACAUACAGACGCCGCCGACCGAUCCGACUUUGAAGUCACUUCCGAAACGUCUACCCCUGCCGAGCCAAUGUCAGAAAAAGCAGCCCUACCCAUCAACGAGCGUGUGUCAUUGGGUACUUCCGGCGAGCGUGAUCCUGAACUGGAACAAGAGGAGAAGCUCAUACAGGCAUUCAAGGCCAUCAAGGAUCUGGAGAACAACAAUGCGAAAGCUGCGACCGAAUUGGAAGAGUUGAGACAAGACAAAGAGGAGUUGCAACAAGCAUUCGAUGCUUUCAAGUACGAGGUGGAAAACCAGGGUCGUAAGGCUGCCGAGAAUGACACCAUGAAGGACAUGCAGCUGAAGGCAGAAAGAGAUCGUGAUUACAUUGCUGAGCUGGAGGCAGAGCUCGAGACUUUGAGGGACAAAUCGAAUGCGCAGGAGCGUCAGAUCGAGCGAUACAAGACAGACACGGACGCAAAGCAGAAGUUGAGAGACGACAUGCAACUCCUUCGAGCUGAAAGAGACGAUCUGCUUCAGAAAACUCGCAUGAACGAGAACCUCAAGAAGAAGAUUCAAGCACUACAAGACCAGGAGAAGACCAAUUCCACGCUGAGAGAGGAUCUCCGUUCGGCCAACGACAGGCUCCAAGACUUGGAUCGUCUGAAAGAUCAAUGUUCCGCACUUCAAAAGGCAAACGCCGAGAACCUUAAACUCAUCGCCAACGGUGAACAGGAGAUAUUCGACCAGAAGACGACCCGUAAACGCAUCGAGCACGAAUACAAAGUUCUUACACAAAAGUGGGAAGCAGCCAAGGAACGCCAGGUCAAAGAUCACGAAACUAUCACAGACCUCGAGAACAAGUUGCAGACACUCGAGCUUGGAGGAUCGAAUACCAAUGGUGCCAGUGGCGGCCUCGGUGAAGAGUUGGAGGCAUCCGAGAAGGCACGCGCUGAAAGAGCAAUGGACAGAAGUCAGGGCGACAAUCUCCCCUCGGCCGACGCUACAAUCCUUCAACAGAAGCUAGAUGCCAUUACUGCACGAAACAACAAGCUGGAGACCGAGUACUUAGAUAUCUUGCAAGACAAACUCGGUCUGGAAACUGCUCUGCAAGACCUCCGCGAGCCAACUCGAGAGCCGGAAGAGAACGUACCAUUCUUGGAACAACGCAAGAAGCUGCAGGCAGCACAAGCUGAGAUCCAAGAGAUGCGCAACCAGCAAUUCACUGCGAAUACCGAGAUGGCCAGUAUCAAGGAAAAGCUUAUGGCUGUGCAGAAACAACUUACCAACAAGGAUGUGCAAUUGGAUGGCAACGCAGAGUACCAAACCCUGACAGAUCGAUACUCGGAGUUGCACAAGCAUAGCGAGGGCGUCGAAGCGGAACUGGCCGAGCAGCGUGCACUGCUACGACAUGCUCUGCUCAAUUCUGCACAGCUGCUGAAAGAGUCGGCCGAGACUCGAAAUGAGAACGAGUACAAGCUCUUAUUGCAGCAGUUACAAGCAGUCAGGGAUGCGCCGGAUGAUGACGAGCUCCUGGAGUCCACUGCAGCCCAACUUGCAGAUCGUGUGGAACAAGCACGUUCUGAUACUAUUGCCGCAAACAAGCUUGCCGAAGACCGAGCGACAGAAAUUAAAACACUCAAGAAGCAAGUCGAGUCGGGCGCGACAACGACGGCCACGGGCAACGUGCCAUCUGCCGAAUUUGCAGCUCUGCAGCGCGAGAACAAGCUCAUGACAUCCGCAUGGUUCGACCUCAGUAGCAGACUGCAGAGCAACACCGUCAUGUUAGGCAGGCGCAAAGAGAGCCCGAAAAGCUUUUUGGGCAAGCAACGGCAACUGGUAACACCUGGUUUGGUACCUGGACAGGUGAGAUAA